AUGAAGUUCACGUUGUUCAUUCCCACAACUUUUCUGUUACUCCUUUCCAUUUCUUCAGCUUCUGCACAUUUUUCCCCCAAUAUCACUUCAAUCCCACCUUCGUUAAUCCCGAAUACAACAAUAUGGGAGGCUUUUAAUAAGCUUAUAGGCUGCCGUAAUGGUCAAAAUAAAGUUGAUGAGUUAACCAAAUUCAAGAAAUAUUUACAGUACUUUGGUUAUUUGAAUUCUUCUUAUUAUAAUUACUCGGAUGAUUUUGAUGAAUAUCUUGAAUCGGCCGUCAAAACUUACCAGCUGAAUUUUAAUCUGAAUCCCACCGGUGAACUUGACGAACAAACGUUAAAGCACAUGGUACGACCUCGAUGCGGAAACGCCGAUGUAAUCAAUGGGACUUUGACUAUGAAUUCCGGUAGCAACCUAGAACUUACAUGUAAAUUCUACCAUUCAUAUAGUGGUGGAAGGCGGUGA